AUGGAUGAGACGAAGCAGACAUUGAUAGCGUCGUUGCCAGAGGCACCAAAAAAACAUAGGUCGAAAGUACAGAUAGUAGCGAGGAAAGCCUUUAAAGGAACAGCUCACCUGUCCAAUCUGCUCCCGACCGGUUCCGUGAUGGGUUUUCAAAUAAUGUGUCCGGUCAUAACCCAUCAGGGUCAGUGUCCUACCGUCACCAGUCGCUGGCUCACCUGCUUCCUCGUCAUGGCUUGCGCCUCCUCUUGCUUCCUCCUCUCCUUCACCGACUCCUUCAAAGACCCACAAGGCAAGGUUAGGUACGGAUUGGCGACGCCGAGUGGUUUGUAUGUGUUGGAUGGAACGAUUACUCUAACUGAUGAGGAGAAGGGAAAAUAUAAGCUGAGACUUCUUGAUUUCAUGCACGCAGUCAUGUCAAUGCUCGUCUUCGUCGCAGUCUCCAUGUUAGAUCAGAACGUGAUCAGUUGUUUGUUCCCUGUUCCUUCCGAGGAAACCAAAGAGCUCCUCACCGGUUUGCCUUUUAUCAUCGGUGUUGUUUGCGGCGGUUUCUUCCUCGUGUUCCCCACGCGCCGUCACGGGAUAGGAUCUCCUCUCACCAAAGAGUAA